AUAUUAUUAUUUAUCAUGACGUUUUAAAUCUUAAAUCUUAAUGCCAAUGAAAUUAUAUUGAUUCAAAUUCAAAAGUUAUGUUGAAUUUAAUAUGUAAAGAUUGUUAAAUGAGAACAUUAAAGUAACAUGGAAUGUGUAAUUGCUGUUCACGCUGGUGCAGGAUAUCAAAAAACCACUAAAGAAGCAAAUUAUAGAAAAAUAUGUUUGAAAGCUUGUAAAAAAGGAUUGGAGGUACUGAAAAAUAAUGGAUCGGCAUUAGAUGCAGUUGCAGUAGCUACUAUGGUUUUAGAAGAUUCUCCACUAACUAAUGCUGGUUAUGGAUCUAAUUUAACAUGGAAUGGUGCUGUGGAAUGUGAUGCAAGUAUUAUAGAUGGAUCAAAUAUGCAUUAUGGAGGUGUUGGUGCUGUUUCUGGUAUAAAGAAUCCAAUCGCUCUUGCCAAACUCAUUUGCGAAAAUCAAAAUUUAAAAAUGUCAUUUGGAAGAAUUCCUCCAUGUUUACUUGUUGGUCUCGGAGCUCAUGAAUAUGCUAUUGCAAACAAUAUUAUAGCUGUUGACCCAUUUAGUUUAAUUUCAGAAAAAUCAAAAAAAGACUUUGUUCACAGUAAAUAUAAAGUUAUGAAUCAAAAGUACAGUAAUUGUCAAGUUGGAAACCCUAGAUUAGAUACUGUAGGUUGUGUUGGUAUGGAUAAGUUUGGAAAUGUUGCUGCUUCAUCAUCUAGCGGUGGAAUCUUAUUGAAACAAGAUGGUCGUGUUGGACAAGCUGCUUUAUUGGGAUCAGGAUGUUGGGCCCAAAAUAUGCCUGAUGACGUCGCAAUUGCAGUAACAACAUCUGGUUGUGGUGAACAUCUAAUUAAGACAAAUCUAGCUAGAGAAAUGUCUAGACAACUUGUUAAUUCUUCUUGCCCUACAAUCGCAAUUACUAAAUGUUUUAAUGAAGAUUUUAUACAUUCACCGAUAUUAAGAAAUUGCAAUGAAAAACUUGCAGGUUCAUUAGUAUUAUAUAAAAAUAAAGAUUAUUGUGAAAUUUUGAGUGCACACACUACAAAAUCAAUGUGUAUUGCCUAUACUACUGAAAAUGACAAAAAAAGUUUUGUGAGCCGUUUAAUGCCAAAUACUUUGCCAGGAACGAGUGUAAUGGUACAGGGUUAUCCUAUAUAAGUAUUGUUGAGAAAAAGAGAUUACAUUUUUGAAUAUUACAAUUAUUAUAUUUUAUGUCUAAAUGAAAUUGAUUUUAAUAAAAAAAAAGCUUUAUUUUAC